AUGGAUGUAAAGGGGAUCUGCUUGCUCUUUGUCAUCCUCACUGUAGCCCUCAUCAGCUCAACAGAAGGAAAACCACCAUCAAAAUGCCAGUGCAAAGUAGCUGCCAGAGAGCGGAAGAACUGCGGUCCCCCAGGAAUCUCAGCAGCAGCCUGCAGGAAAGCUGGGUGCUGCUUCAAUGCAUCAGUGCCUGGCGUCCCCUGGUGCUUCACUGCUAAACCAAAGAAAGUUAAGAAAGUGUGUCCUGCUGAUCCUCGUAUCCGAGUGAACUGUGGCUACCCUGGCAUCACAGCUAAGGAGUGCUUAAGCAGGAGAUGCUGCUUCCGGCCACGUCCUGCUGGUGUCCCCUGGUGCUUCUACCACCGCACGGUUGAAGAAGGUUGUUAA